AUUUUGAUAAAUAUGCUGAGGGUACUUAUUAGGUAAGAGUAUUUUCUGAGAAAUUAAGCACUGUUAUUAUCACAUUCUCUUUCGAAAAUGAAGAUUGCUCUUGGAACCUUCUGUUUUGUAGUAUUUUUUGAACUCAUAGUUUGUUCCACACAGUUUGCGCAAAAGCUUUGCCGAUCAACGGAGGAUUGUGAUUGGGACCAAUGCUGCAUUGAGGCUCAAACCAGGCUGCCAGGUUUUGAUGGAAUAUGCAAAAAUCCUUCUACUAAAGGUGGCUCUUGUGAUCCAGAGAACGGCAAAACUCCUGAUGGUCGAUAUAAAAAAACAUGUCCGUGUGAAGAGGGUCUGAAUUGUAAAACAAUUAGUUCAUUAGAUGAAAAGCCAAUAUAUAAAUGUUAUUAGUAUGAAAAAUGAAGAAAAGAAAACAAACAGAAACAAAUACAACUUGUUGAAAAGUGAAACUAUCAUAUCUACAACUUUUAUUAUAAAUUAAAAUUUAUUUCUGGCUUUUUUAUAGAUUUAA